GUAGACUCCUCUCUUUACUCCUCUCUUCCAUCGGCCGUAUGAGUCGCUGAGGUGAUGGCAUCGCUGUACGUGGAGGCAGCAGAUGUGCUUCGGGCAAUGGAGGAGCAGGGCAAAGGCCUGAAGGCAGCCCUCUACGACGACAAGCAGCGGAGAUCUGAUGUGCAGAAGGUGAGGUGAGGUGAAGCCAUGAAUGGCCAUUCAUAUCAAUUGGCGCAUGUAGCUACUUGGAUGCUUCUCUCUGUUCUCUGUUCUCUUUUCAUUGUCCCGUGUGUAGGUAUGCGGCCUGGUAUGUGCCGUGCUGAGGCACAAACAGCUGCUCAUCCGCGUACUCGACCGAUGCGGGCUGAUUGAUGGCAGCGCAAAUCACAAGAAGAGCAAAACCAAAGCCAAGUCGUCGAGUCCAGUGGACAACCGGUAUCUGUGCCUGGCAAUGGCGCAAGACAUGCUGUUUGGCAGAGGCAUCAGGGGCGGAGGUACGUGAGCAGCUCACACCACACUCAGCGGCAAUCAUGGACAAUGUGGAUGUGGGUGGACGGACCACUUUUGCGUUUCAGGUGGCGUCAAGCGAGCCCUGGAGGCCAACCAAACUGAGCUUCGAGCCGCCCUCGCUGAUGAAGAGAACAAGGGCCCACCACCUCCAACAGCAGCAGAUUCAGCAGUGUCAUCGCUCCCCUCCAAGCGCAGGAAUGCCUCCCAGCAGUCGGCAUCGAAGCGGACACGAGGGGAGAACGGGGCGGUGGUCAGCGAGAGGAGGCCGGGCGAUGCUGCUGAUAGUGGUGGUGCUGUCGUUCUUCCUCCCCGUUAUGUGAGGGUCAACGGCCUGGUCGGUGGCAAGAGUGGGCAGGAGAUCCGAUCUCUGAUCCAGGCACAGAUGAGAAAAGCUAAGGUACUUACGUCAGUCAUUAUAAUGGGGUAAAUGACAACAAGCAAAUGGCUAUUCAGUUGUCCUGCCAGUCACUCACGUAUCGGUGCGUCGAUAUAUCGUCAGAUUGAUGGUGAUGUGGAGACCGACCCCUACAUCCCUUCCCUUCUCGUGCUGCCCUCGACUGCUGGGGCCCUCCUGGCGCAGAACAAGCUGGUCCACGAGGGCAAUGUCAUCCUUCAGGACCGAUCCAGCUGCCUGGCUGCGCUGGCGGCCGACAUCCGGCCUGGCGACACGGUGCUGGACGCCUGUGCGGCCCCUGGGAGCAAGACGCUGCACUGCCUGGACUUCAUGAAGGGCAGCGGACAUCUGGUGGCCUGUGAGAGGGCGCCCCGGAGGGCAGUCACUCUUUUGCAGAGGUGCGCAUGAACUGGAUGGAGUACAUGACGAACUACCCUUUAUGCAGUCAGUAUUCUUAGACUUUGGUUUCUCCAGGCUGCGUGAUCACGGCGGUUUUGACGGCCCUCUGGAAUCUCUCUCCGCAGCUUAUGGUGACUCCGCCGACAAGCGGAGUGCUCUGUCCGAUCUCAGCGACGCCCGCGCGGCUGAGCGGCAGCUAAAAGAGCGGGACGGCAAGCCUAUGUUCUUCAGACACACCAACUAUGGUCGGUACCUGCAAAUGGGUCACUCGUCUCGCCUCACACGCGCGUCGGUUGAUCGAUCGAUCUUUCUUCCACCCAUCCCUUCUGUGCGUGUGCAGCGUCGCUAAGUGUGGAGGUCAGAGUGGCGGAUUUCCUCUCCCUGCGAUCCGCAGAUGUGUCCCCUGAUGUGAUCCUUGUGGACCCGUCGUGUUCGGGCAGCGGCCUGCCCACACACCAGAUGGACGACCAGGGGGGCGGGCGGGACGUGGAAAGGCUGCAGAAGCUGGCUGCCGUGCAGACACAAAUGCUCAAGUAGGUGAGACAGACCAGUGGACAUGACUAGAAAAUGUAUGUCUGGGAACUUACUGCCUCCCUCGUGUGUGUUUUGUCUUGUGCUCCUGUCUGUAGUCAUGCACUGACUGCCUUCGCGACUGCCCGCACCGUCUGCUAUUCGACCUGUUCCACUCAUGAAGAGGAGAACGAACAGGUGGGUGCGACCCGAGCGGAUGGGAUGGAUGCCACACACUCCACUGCCAUGUGUCGUCUGUCUUGUGGUCCGUGCAGGUGGUUGCGGCUUCAUUGGAGACAAUCGAGCAGCACAAGGCAUCAUCAGCUGCCGCCAAAGGGGGUGGUAGGGCGGCCAGGCGUUUCCGCCUCGUGUCAGCCGUCCCCUGGUGGCCCUCUACUGGUGUGCCCGAAGAGCUAUCUAAUGCGUAUGCAUGGGGUAGCAAGUGCGUGCGGUGCGAUCCGGCUGUGCAUCGGUGUCGGGGGUUCUUCCUCGCUAAAUUCGUGAGGAAGAGAUGAAUGCUGACUGACUCAUAAUGUCCGUACCUGUUGACAGACAGACUCGUCUUCCAGGUGUGUGCAGUGCGACUGAUGCUUGCACAUAUGUCCAUUGGCUGAUCGGGUGUGGGUCGCAACAUCUUACACACA